GAGAGUCCCGCAGUCCAUGGAAAGCGGCCUGGGAGCGUGAUGGCUGCGACGCGCGCAGGAGCCCGCGCCUGCGAGAUCUUCACCACGCUGGAAUACGGACCGGUGCCGGAGAGCCACGCAUGCGCAUUGGCCUGGCUGGACACCCAGGACCGGCACUUGGGUCACUAUGUUAACGGACAGUGGUUAAAGCCUGAACACAGGAGUUCAGUGCCUUGCCAGGAUCCCAUCACAGGAGAGAACUUGGCCAGUUGCCUCCAGGCACAGACGGAGGAUGUGGCGGGAGCCGUGGAGGCUGCCAGGACCUCGCUGGAGAACUGGAGCACACAACCUGGAGCCUUUCGGGCCCAGCAUCUGACCAGGCUGGCCAAGAUGAUCCAGAAGCACCAGCGGCUGCUGUGGACCCUGGAGUCCCUGGUUACCGGACGGGCCAUUCGAGAAGUUCGAGACAGGGAUGUCCCUCUGGCCCAGCAGCUGCUCCAGCACCAUGCAGUCCAGGCACACACCCAGGAGGAGGCGCUGGCAGGCUGGGAGCCCUUGGGAGUGAUUGGUCUCAUCUUGCCACCCACAUUCUGCUUCCUUGAGAUGAUGCAGAGGAUUUGCCCUGCCCUGGCUGUGGGCUGCACUGUGGUGGUCCUCGUGCCCCCAGCCUCUCCGACGCCCCUCCUUGUGGCCCAGCUGGCAGGGGAGCUAGGCCAGUUCCCAGGAAUCCUCAAUGUGAUCAGUGGCCCUGCCUCCCUGGGGCCUGUCCUGGCCUCCCAGCCUGGAGUCCAGAAGGUGGCCUUCUGUGGAACCAUCGAGGAUGGCCGUGCCCUCCGGCGGGCCCUGGCGGGCCAGGGUCCCGAGCUGGGCCUGGCACUGGGGGCUGAGUCGCUGCUGCUACUGAUGGAGACGGCGGAUGUGGACUCGGCCGUGGAGGGCGUCGUGGAUGCAGCCUGGUCUGACCGCAGCCCGGGGGGACUCAGACUCCUCAUCCAGGAGUCUGUGUGGGAUGAGACAAUGAGGCGGCUCCAGGCGCGGAUGGGGCGGCUUCGCGGUGGCCGAGGGCUAGACGGAGCCGUGGACAUGGGGGCCCGGGGGGCUGCUGCACGUGACCUGGCCCAGCGCUAUGUGCGUGAGGCCCAGAGCCAGGGUGCACAGGUCUUCCAGGCUGGCAGUAUGCCUCCAGACAGCCCAUUCUUUCCCCCAUCCUUGGUCUCUGACCUCCCUCCAGCCUCUCCAUGUACCCAGGCAGAGGUGCCGUGGCCUCUGGUCGUGGCCUCCCCUUUCCGCACUGCUAAGGAGGCGCUGGCCAUGGCCAACUGGACGCCCCGAGGAGGCAGUGCAAGCGUAUGGAGCGAGAGACUGGGGCAGGCCCUGGAGCUGGCCUACGGGCUCCAGAUGGGCACGGUCUGGAUCAAUGCCCACGGCCUCAGAGACCCUGCAGUGCCAACAGGUGGCUGCAAGGAGAGUGGGUCUUCCUGGCACGGGGGGCCAGAUGGUCUGUAUGAGUAUCUGCGGCCCUCAGGAACCCCUACCCAGCUGCCCUACCUGUCGGAGAAUCUGAACUAUGACACCUUUGGCCUUGCUGUUCCCUCCACCCUACCAGCUGGGCCUGAAACAGGGCUUAGCCCAGCACCCCCCUAUGGGCUCUUUGUGGGAGGCCGCUUCCAGGCUCCUGGGGCCCGGAGCUCCAGGCCCAUCCGGGAUUCGCAGGGCAAUCUCCAUGGCUAUGUGGCUGAGGGUGGAGCCAAGGAUAUCCGAGGUGCCGUGGAGGCUGCUCACCAGGCUGCCCCUGGCUGGGUGGGCCAGUCGCCAGGGGCCCGAGCAGCCCUACUGUGGGCCCUGGCGGCCGCACUGCAACGCCGAGAGUCCACCCUGGUCUCGAGGCUGGAGAGGCAUGGAGUGGAGCUCAAGGUCGCCAAGGCGGAGGUGGAGCUGAGCGUGAGGCGGCUUCGGGCGUGGGGGGCCCGUGUCCAGGCCCAAGGCUGCACCCUGCAGUGGUACCAACCUUGAGGAGUUGUUAUGAAACUAAGUGAGCCGAGCAUUUAAUGUCUGACGUGUAGCCAAGGGCUCAGAAAAUGUUUGCUUAUGGAUGGCCAAUAAGCACAUGGAAGAAUGCUCCGCAUCAUUAGUCAUUGGAGAAAUGCAAGCCAAACCACCAUGAGAGACUUCCCUGGUGGCGCAGUGGUUAAGAAUCCGCCUGCCAAUGCAGGGGACACGGUUUCGAGCCCUGGUCCAGGAAGAUCCCACAUGCUGCAGAGCAGCUAAGCCCAUGCACCACAACUACUGAGCCCACACUCUAGAGCCCGCAAGCCACAACUACUGAAGCCCACGCACCUCGAGCCCGUGCUCUGCAACAGGAGAAGCCACCGCAGUGAGAAGCCCUCGCACCGCAAUGAAGAGUAGCCCCCGCUCUCUGCAACUAGAGAAAGCCCGCGCGCAGCAACGAAGACCCAGCGCAGCCAACAACAACAACAACAAAAAACCAUCAUGAGAUAUCAUUAGGCACCUAUCGAACGGCUGAAAUUCAAAAGACUGACCAUACCAAGUGUUGGUGAGGAUGUGGAGGAACUGGAACUCUCGCACCUGCUGGUGGGACCAUCAAUGGGACAACCACUUUGGAAAACAGUUUGGCAGUUUCUUAAAAAGUUAUAUAUACUUUUUUUUUUUUUUUUUUUUUUGGCCACACUGCAUGGCUUGCAGGAUCUCAGUUCCCCAAGCAGGGAUUGAACCCACGCCACAGCAGUGAAAGCCCGGAAUCCAACCACUAGGCCACCAGGGAACUCCCUAGAUAUGCUCUUAAUGUAUGACCCACCAUGAUUCCUACGUAUUUAUCUAAAUAAAUUUAACUUCUAGGUUUUAGCCCAAGAGAAAUGAGUAUAUAUAUCCAUACAAAGACUUAGGCACAAGUUUUUGUUUUGUUUUGUUUUGUUUUUUGGCCUUGCUGUGCAGCUUGCAGGAUGCAGGAUCUUAGUUCCCUGACCAGGGAUCAAACCCAUGCCCCCUGCAGUGGGAGCACGGAGUCUUAACCACUGGAGCACCAGGGAAGUCCCUGCACAAAUGUUUAUAGCAGCAUUAUUCAUGGUAGCCAAAAAAGCAAUCCAAAUGUCCCUCAAUAUGUUAAUAGAUAAACAAAAUG